GCUGCUGGACCGCCGGGCGCGCCCAAGUACGGGGGGCGCCGAGAGCGCAGUGCGGACCCUCGCGAGUACCUGCGCGGUUGCCACCAUGUCUCAGGAAGGUGUGGAGCUGGAGAAGAGUGUCAGGCGCCUCCGGGAGAAGUUUCAUGGGAAGGUCUCCUCCAAGAAGGCGGGGACUCUGAUGAGGAAAUUUGGUAGCGACCACUCAGGAGUGGGCCGUUCCAUCGUGUACGGGGUAAAGCAGAAAGACGGACAGGAACUGAGUAACGACCUGGAUGACCAGGACCCGCCAGAAGACAUGAAACAGGACCAAGACAUCCAGGCAGUGGCAACCUCCCUCCUGCCACUGACCAAAGCCAACCUACGCAUGUUCCAACGUGCCCAGGAAGACCUUAUCCCUGCCGUGGACCGGCAGUUUGCCUGCUCCUCUUGUGACCAUGUCUGGUGGCGACGAGUGCCUCAGCGGAAGGAGGUGUCCAGGUGCAGGAAAUGCCGAAAGCGCUAUGAACCAGUACCCUGUGACAAGAUGUGGGGCGUGGCUGAGUUCCACUGCCCAAGGUGCCGGCACAACUUCCGGGGCUGGGCACAGAUGGAGUCCCCAUCCCCUUGCUAUGGGUGUGGCUUUCCCGUGCAUCCUACACGGAUCCUCCCUCCGCGCUGGGACCGGGACACAGAUCACCGCAGCACCCACACCCACUCCUGUUCAGCUGCUGACUGCUACAACCGGCGAGAGCCCCACGUGCCUGGGACAUCCUGUGCACAUCCCAAGAGCCGGAAGCAGAACCACCUGCCCAAAGUCCUGCACCCCAGCAACCCCCACAUCAGUAGUGGCUCCACUGUGGCCACCUGCCUGAGCCAGGCGGGCCUCCUAGAACACCUGGACAACCUCAUCCUGGAGGACCUGCAGGAAGAAGAGGAAGAGGAGGAGGAGGAGGAAGGCGGGCAUGGGGAGUGACCCCUGCCAGGUGCAGAUGCAAACCAGACACAGUCUGUGGAUAUUUUGUGUUGUUAUAAAAUAUGAGCUCAAACUGAGAUCUAAGUGCCCUUGGGGAGCCACCUGGGUUGGAGAUGUUGGCAGGGGGAUUCCUGGGUCCUGUUUUCAAGAUCCUGGGGAGCAGAUCCACAGUGGGAAGGUCUGUGGGACCAUGGCUAACACUGAACCACAAAGGAGGCGCGGCCAGGCCAGGACAACUUGGGCUCCUGCUGACAACAUCCCCUGGGACCUGGGGAACAGAUGGACAGAUGGUCACAGCCUCAGGGGCCGGAUCAGCAUGGCAGCCUUCUUGAGAGAGUAAGCCCCACCACGAAACUCCGCCCAGUAGACUCC